ACCUCACUUGUUCAGCCAAACCGACUUCCCACACUUUCAUUUUUCAUGGCGCUCACACCUCGUAGUAAUCGUAGUCGAUAAUAAAAGCACGCCUCCACCUCCACCUCCAAACAGAGCCAGAGCCAGCCAUGGAGGGCAGACUCUCAGCCUCUCUGGGCCUCCCUGCACCCAAUCAAAACCACCACUCUAAGUCCCCCAAUGACUUCCAAAACCUCUUCACCCAUUUCAUCACUCCAAAUUCCCAAACUACCCUCACCCUCACCCCUACAGAAAACCACAUCCCAUUCUUUGCCUCCACCUCCUCCACCCCCAAUUGGGCCUCCAUUACCCGACCCAGUACCCGCCCCAAGACCCAAGUCUUACUCAAGAAUCUCACGGUCUUCGAGCGUGCCCUCAUCGGCGCAGGCGGCGGUGGUAUCGCCGGAGCCUUCACCUACUUCUGCCUCCACCCUCUGGACACCAUCAAGACCAAGCUCCAGACCAAAGGCGCCUCAGACAUUUACGCAAGCACCUUCGAUGCAGUCCUCAAAACAUUCCAGACCAAGGGCAUUUCCGGGUUUUACAGUGGCAUCUCCGCGGUCAUCGUCGGCUCCACCGCCUCCUCCGCCGUCUACUUCGGCACCUGCGAACUGGGUAAGUCGGUUCUCUCCAAAUUACCCAACUACCCUCCCGUCCUCAUCCCUCCCACGGCCGGAGCCAUGGGAAACAUAGUCUCUUCGGCUAUAAUGGUGCCCAAGGAGCUCAUCACGCAGCGGAUGCAGGCCGGGGCCAAAGGGAGGUCGUGGCAGGUGCUGCUGAAGAUCCUAGAAAACGACGGCGUUCUGGGUUUGUACGCAGGGUACUCUGCGACAUUGCUGAGGAACUUGCCUGCGGGUGUGUUGAGCUAUUCUUCGUUCGAGUACCUGAAAUCGGCGGUUCUGAGCAAGACGAAGCAGACCAAUUUGGAGCCGAUUCAGAGCGUGGUGUGCGGGGCGUUGGCCGGAGCAAUUUCGGCCUCCAUUACGACGCCGCUGGAUGUGGUGAAGACGAGGCUGAUGACUGGUGCUAGGCAGGGUGGAGUUUCGGGGACGGUGAAGCAGAUUAUAACGGAGGAAGGGUGGGUGGGGUUCACUAGAGGAGUGGGGCCUAGAGUUCUUCACAGUGCUUGCUUUUCGGCUUUGGGUUACUUUGCUUUCGAGACUGCCAGGCUUGCCAUUCUGAAUCAGUAUAUUAGGAGGAAGGAGUUGCAGCAAAUGCAAGAGUCAGGUGUCGAUGUUGGUGUUGCUUCCACCUGAUGAUUUCAUGUAUCCAUUUGGUGAAAUCUUCUCCUCUUUAUCCUUUUUUAGGUUUCAAUUUUGUUUCGUUUUAACAUUAGAUUCUUAAUGCAAAUUUUCGUAUUCCUUUGUUCGAUUUGGAUACGAUAUCAGUAAUCAUAUAUAUGUUUCCUUCCGAAAAUAAUGAAGGUUUUGGUUGGUGUAGAAUAAUUUUGUUAAGUACUGCUAGACAGCAACAUAUUGAAUUGAAGGCUAGAUAAGUAACAAUGUAUUAUGAAAUCUCAGUGAUGAUACGAAUGUCAGUGAUGAUAAGUAACAAUGUAUUAUGAAAUCUCAGUGAAGACAAUGUGCAAGCUGUCUUCGCCUCUAUACAAUCCGACCAUGUAUGUACAGAAGACAGAGUCUGGGAUCGAGAAUGUCAGAUCUUCUGCCAGGAGGAAAUUCCAACUUUUAAUUAUCUAAGCUGAUUAGCCAUCCAAACAAGUUACUGGUAAUUAUAAAAACAAAACCAUCCAGGUAACAUAGCUUUAGAACUUUUAAAAAAAUCAAGUGCCCCCAUCUGGAAACCAAAAUUAAAUUUUCAUUGUUUGGAAAGCAAAAGUCAAAGGAAAGGUGCUUGUUGAGAGCUUCUUCAGAGCUAAAACAGAGGGGGUAGAUGUGGUUCCUGCUCCAACACUCGUUCUCAUGAAAGUCAAAGAGCGUCACCCCUUCCUCUGUUCUUCUUAGGUUUCCCCUGCAUCUGAUCUCCCUCUCUCCAUUGUUUCUGUUCCAAAAAACUCCAUCAAGGUAUGAUUCUCUUCGUUUUGGUGUCAUUUAUCAUCUUUUUGUGUAUUAAUUGAUUGUCUUGAGCAGAUUGCGUAUCAUGUAAUGUUCCAGACUAGCUUAGUGGUAAAGGAAAUAGGUGAUACAAUGCCUUCUCUUUUCCUUUCUUAUUUUUUUUUUUAUUUUUUAUUUUGGUCUGGAAGCUUUUGUUCUACGAACCAGUUUAGAAAUGAUUCGAUGGUAAUGAUCAUUAUUUGACGCAGAUUGCUCAGGAUCACCUUGCAAUGGCGUUGAGCAGAGUUUCCGCACCUACUUCCUCAGAUCAUCCAUGGAAAUACGAUGUGUUCUUGAGCCUUAGGGGUGAAGAUACCCGCAAGAACUUUACAGAUCAUUUAUAUGAAAAAUUGAAAACUAAAGCAAUUAAAACUUUCAGAGACAACCUGGAGCUUGAAAGAGGUAAAAAUUUCUCCUGAUCUAUUGCGCGCAAUAGAAGAAUCAAGGUUGGCCAUCAUUGUUCUCUCCGCGAAUUAUGCUUCAUCCUCCUGGUGCUUGGAUGAACUUUAAAAAAUUGUUGAAUGCAUGGAAGCUAGGAAUGCAAUUUUGCCAAUAUUUUAUGAUGUGGAUCCCUCCAAUGUUCGAAACCAAAUGGGGACUUUUUCAGAAGCCUUCAACAAGCACGAAAAAAACUUCAGAGAAGACUUGGCAAAGGUGCAACACUGGAGAGCUGCUUUAUAUCGCUGGGUGGACUUCGAAGGAUAGGUAUGAAACAGAACUUAUCAAAGAAAUUGUUGAGGCUGUGUGGAACAAAGUGUAUCCUAGAUUCACAUGGUUAUGUCAAACAGAGACGCUAAUUGGAAUUGAUAUGACGAAGCAACUGAAUUUGCUUUUAGAUACCGAGGCAAAUGAUGUUCGCUUUAUAGGUAUAUGGUGGAUGGGUGGGAUGGGCAAGACAACCAUUGCUAGACUAGUUUAUGAGAGAAUAUCCCAUAAUUGUGGAGUUAGCAGCUUUCUUGCUAAUGUGAGAGAGGUUUGUGCAACUCAUGGUCUUCCCCAUCUACAAAAACUGCUUCUUUCCACAGCCUACAAGGAAAAGUUUACAGAAGUUUGGAUGAACAACAAUGAUAAAGAUGAUGCAGAUCAUUUAAACCAACUACAAACAUAGGCUGGAAAGAAAGGUUGGUUUGGUUUGGGGAGCCGAAUCAUCAUUACAGCUAGAGAGCAAUGUAAGUAUGCAUGAUUUAAUACAAGAAAUGGCAUGGGAAAUUGUUCGUCAAGAUUCGUAUGAUGAGCCUGGUCGGUGUAAUUGGUUGUUCCUUCGGAAAGACAUCUUUCAUGUCCUCAUGAAGAAGAAGAAUACAGUAAGUAUGUAUGCAAAGAAAUUGACUACGGAUGAAUUGAAGGCAUACUCUUAUGCUUAAGCACUACAUUA